AUGUAUGAUAAUUUGACAGGGGAGGAACGCAGCAAGAAAUUGACACAACUUGAAGCUAGUUUAAUCUCACAGCAGCAGUAUUUUUCAAGAGCCCGAGAGUCAAAUGAGAAUUCCACAAAGGCUAGUUACGAGGUAGCAACACUGAUCGCGAAUCAUUGCAAACCUUUCACUGAGGGUGAAUUUGUCAAAGGCUGCGUGAUGACUAUGGUGAAGAAAAUAUGUCCUGAGAAGCAGCAAGAGUUUGCUAAAGUCUGCCUGGUACGUAACACCGUGGCACGCAGGAUUGAAGAAGUGUCGUCAGACAUCAAAAGACAAUUGGGAGUCAGAGGAAAGGAGUUUGAAUUUUUUUCGCUAGCUUGCGACGAAAGCACAGAUGCCUCGGACACUGCUCAGUUGCUUAUUUUUUUGAGAGGAGUGGACAAUGAAAUGAACGUUACUGAAGAACUACUUGACCUCCAGAGCCUGAAAGCCCAAACGAAAGGAACAGACUUAUUCUCUUCUGUUUGCGCUGCCAUGGAUGACAUGAAACUCCCGUGGAAGAAAAUUUCUGGGAUUAUUACGGAUGGUGCACCAUCCAUGGCUGGCGAACGAAGUGGAUUAGCAACACUAAUAUGCAACAAAGUAAGUGAAGAAGGGGGUCAAGCUGUAAAACUCCAUUGCAUCAUUCAUCAGCAAGUUCUGUGUGCCAAACAUCUCCAAUACGAACAUGUUAUGAAACCGGUGAUAAAGGCUAUUAACUAUAUCCGCUCCAGAGCGCUAUUCCACCGCCAGUUUCAACAGUUUUUAAGCGAGAUUCAUGCAGAAUAUGGAGAUGUUGUCUAUUUCACUGACGUGCGAUGGCUCAGUCGGGGUUCUGCACUGUCGCGCUUCUACUCUCUUAGGCAGCAAAUCAGUGAGUUUUUGGCUGAAAAGGGACAACCUAUGCAAGAACUAAGUGACCCCAUGUGGCUAGCUGAUUUGGGCUUUCUAGUUGAUAUCACAAAGCACCUUAAUGUCCUUAACACCAGUCUCCAGGGACCAGACGCAGUCAUAAGCCAACUAUAUUCACACAUUAAAGCCUUUGGAACCAAGCUCAAACUGUUUGAAAGACACCUGUCGCAGACCCAGCCCAAUACUGCACAUUUUUCAGCGCUGCAAGAAAUCAUGGCCAGAUUCCCAGAGAGCAAUGUCAAUGCGCAAACAAAGAGGUACGCAUCAGAUAUUAAAUCUUUGGCUGAAGAGUUCAGACAACGCUUUCGGGAUUUUACAGCUAUUGAGAAGGAUAUCGCUCUCUUUUCCUCACCUUUCUCCGUGGACACAGAUAAUGUUCCAGACCAUUUACAGCUGGAGCUCAUUGAGCUGCAGUGUGACGCCGAGAGCCGCAGUCGGCACCAGCAACUUUCUCUCGCCAACUUUUACCGACAGCUGGAUAAAGGCAGGUUUCAAGAGAUUCGAGAGUUUGCUAAGAAAAUGCUGAGCUUGUUUGGGUCGACGUAUUUGUGUGAGAAGACAUUCUCGGUUAUGAACUUAAAUAAGAGUCGUGUGAGGACACAGCUCACAGACUCUCACCUGCGAGACAUCUUGCGCAUCAAUACCUCUGCCUUUGAGCCAGACCUGGCAGUUGUGCUGCAGUACAGAUCUCAGUAUCACCCAUCACAUUAA